AUGCAUGCAGACGGUCACACUGUCGCGGCGCAAAAGAGGCCUGUCAAGAUUAGUGUGCUGACGCUCAAUACCGAGUUGGCAGAGCACUCUCGCACGUCACGCUGGGUCGAUGCUUUGCGGCUUCUCCGGGAGCGGUCUUCUAAUGUCCAGCCUGACAUCAUCUCGAUUGGAGCUGUGGUCCAUGCGCUGGGGCGCGCCCUCCGCUGGCAUCUCUGCCUGUCACAGCUGAGAGAGGCGAGCUCUGAAGCCCUGCUUCCCAACACCAUCGUGGCGAAUACCGCCAUCACUUGCUGUGGGCAAAGCUCCAGAUGGCAAGUGGCAGCUGCAAUUUUCGACGGCGGCAUUCCGCAGUUGAAGCGGGAUCUGGUUUCAGGUAAUGCGCUGGCGACUGCUUACCAGCGUGCAAGCCGGUGGCAUUCAUCCUGUGGCGUGCUCUCGCUGCUGCCAGCCCUUUCAAUUUUCCCUGAUACGGUGACGCACAAUGCGGCACUGGCUGGCCUGGUUGGAAGGUGGCAACAAGCAGGGAGCCUGCUGCGGCGCAUGGCUCGUGCUUUGCUCCAGAAAUCGGUGGUCAGCCUUGGUACGCUGGUUACUGUCCAUGGCGAUUCAUCGCGCUGGCCAGCUGCCCUUGUCCUGGCAGGGCAGCUCAGGGAACAAGCUUUACAGAUCACCACGACCAUCUGCAAUGCGGUGAUCAGCGCCUGUGAGGAAGGAAGCCUCUGGGCUCGCUCCACCAGCUUGCUCUCGUCGUUUGCGCUGCUGUGCCGGCCCAGCCUCAUCACCCUGGCGGCCCUGAGCAGCACACAUGGCAAGGCCGAUGUGUGGCAGAGUUCCACUGCCAUUGUGCACUCCAUGCUUGGCGAGCAUCUCGGAGCUGAAGGCUCUCUCUUCCGUUCGGCUGCAACGGCUUGCUACAAUGCUGCUCUGAGCGCUGCCGGCCGCGCACGACGUUGGGCGGCCUCCCUGGGCCUCGCUGCGGGGCUCCUGGAGAGGCGCCUGACACCGAGUGCCAUCACUCUCAACUCCCUCGCUGCUGCUUGCGCAUCCAGUGUGGAAGGGGAGGCACGGGCCGUUUCCUUGAUGGCUCGCCUCUCAGAAGAUCAUCUUCGGGCGGACAACUUUUGGUACAAUACCUUGAUCACCUCGGCCACGCGCCGGAAGGAGUGGGCUCGGGCCUUGGUGUUGCUGUCCCAGCUACGAGAAGGUGGGCUCAAGCCUGAUGCCAUCGCUUGCCGCGCCAGUCUGAGCAGCUGCAAGGUACGACAAUCUUGGCCGGCGGCGUUGUCUCUGAUGGCUGCUUUGGCUAGCUUCUCUGUGCCGGAGGAAGAAGCCAGCCUCAGCAGCUUCCUCGACUGCUUGGACGACUCUUGCGCCUGGCAAGUAACCGGAUCGUUGCUGAGCCGAUGGGGAGCGAUGGGGCGGCUGCCAGAUACCGUGGCCAUAAACGCGGCCCUGGGGACCUGCACAAGAUGGCGGCACUGGCUGCCUGCGCUGAAGCAUCUGGAUGUGCAUCGCCGGUGCUUGGAUGUCAUCACCUGCACCUCUGCCAUUGCAGCCUGCGCUGGGCGGCACUGGCGGCCGGCCUUGGCCUUGGCUGAGGAGCUGCGCCUUCAAGGCAUCCGAGCAUCGCGGUUGACCUACUUGGCUGCGAUGGAGUCUUUUGGCCCUGUCAACUUGUGGUCCGACGAGUGCAAAGAUCGCUCCAGGAGCAGGAACGGGUCAUGGACUACUUGGCCAUGGGCUUUGCGCUUGGCCCAACAGGCGUGCAACCUGGAGCCGUGCCCCGGUGGUGGGGAAGCCGCGGCACCUUGCGCCGCCUUUGGAGCCUGUCCAUCGACGGUGGUCCGAGCGCCUGUGGGGUUAGCCAUGGGCAAGCGAGCGUCCAAAGCCGACGCCAGCGUGGCACAGGCCGGCCUACAGGAUUUCGCUGCAGCCGUACAGAGGCAGCUCCGAGAGAAGCAGCGCUUGAUUCGCACCUUCGACGUUGGCGGCACAGGCGUGAAGACGGGCCUUUUCACUGCGACAGCUUUGCAAGCUUUCUUCGAGAGCUCUGCUGGAGGCCCUCAGAACGCCGUGCCUGAAGAAGCUGCAGAGCAGGGCCCAGCGCAGUAUGUGGAGCUCGAGUGGGUGGAGCGGCCCACACAGCUUGGACAGGCACCGGGAGAGGAUGGCUUUGAUGCCUGGUUGGAGGAAGCGCUUCCUCGAUUAAGGCAGGAGAAGGCAAAUGCCAAUGUUGUGUUUGGCGUCUCCACUGCCGGGGAUGUGGAACAUCGCACCGGCAUACUCCACGACUGGUGGUCUGCUGGCGGCCAUCCACGGCAGUGGGACGACUCGAGGCCUGACCCCCAUGUGGCGGACCUCAUGGGUCUUCCCAGAGACCGGACAUUCAUUCUCCACGACGGCGCAGCCCACUUGCUGGGCUGCAGCCGGCAGAUUGUGCCCAUACCUCGGCUGGCUUGCCUUUCUGUUGGAACCGGUGUUGGCUUCGGCAUCUCCGACGAGGACGGCGCAGUUCUGGAUCCGUUCUCCCCGGCAGGAUCGCGAAGUCACUUGCUGAAUGGUGUCCCACUCUCAGGUGCACCGUAUCGGGGCGUUUGGCGAAGCUGGGUGGAACAAACAGAUCACGUUGACGAUGUCGAGAAGGUCAUGGUCCGUGAGUUCGCGGGCAUGGGGCGGCCAUGGAACAUGCCCUGGGUGAGCCUGGUGUUGGGUCGACGGGGCAUGGAGCUCGCAGAAGCAGCCUUUGGUUGCCAGCCUCCUCAACCUUUUGAAGAGGAGACUGACGAAGGCCGACAAGCCGCGCCAGCCAACGAUGCUGCGCGCAAGCCGGCAAGCACUGCCUACGCCAACCAGUGGCUGCACUUCCUGAACACUCAGUUCCUCCCGCAAUGCUGCAGUGGAUCGCGGAGACAUCGAGCUGAUCAUAUUUGCUUCGGCGGGCUUGUGGCAGAGACGAAUUGGGCAUCAUUGCAAGAGGUGAUCGUUGGCCCAGACUCCUGUGUUCUACCUUUGCCGGGUGCAACGGAGGUGCCUGCCGGAAACGCCAAGCGUGGCAGGACCUCCAAGACCGCAGCUGCAGCAAAAUCGCAAGCCGUGCGGGUACUGCCGCCGGCUCCCCAUGGUUCGGGGCUCAUAGGCGCGGGACUCUACGCCUUGGCGGGCCUCGGACGAGCCGAGAUGGGCAUCUGGAGCAGAUGA